AUGUGGAUUCAAAGCUUCUCUUUUGACACGCCUGCCAAAAGCAAGACAUCUGAGAACUUCUGCCUGAAUAUGGCAUGUGGUAUUUUCAAACGCGUUGUAAGACGCUUUCGAAGAAAGCCCUCGUCUAGCGGGAAAGCUGCUGCACCCCAGAGAUCCACAAGGUCUCUAGAGCCUCCUCCGCGAAAGCCGUCAAACGCGACGGGUUUUGUUACCGAAAGCCCCGAGCGAUCUGAUUCCACCCAGAAAGCGAAUAAUGUGACCGCAGCUCAACUUGAAAGCCAAAAAUCUCCUUCUGUCAAUCAAACGAAUCAACCGAGCUCUGUAGACCAGGCCAUUAAUCUUGACGUGCUUCCGCCCGCGGACGAUGCGAAACAGGAUCCGUCUUCAAAGUUCACUUCUGCGCUGUGGAAGCAGGCCCUUGAGGAGCUGCGUAACAACGCGAAGACAGAGAAACUUCUCAUCGAAUUCCGGCGGGCUUUAUUAGCAGAUGGCACAGAAGAGUCCGCGGAAGGGGACAAAGAAGUGCAAUCAUCCGACAGUUCCCUAAGUGAAGACGAAAUUACGCGACAGCUUCAGAACACCAUCAAAAGAAAGUUAGAGCAGAUUUCCAAUGAUAGCGAAGCAUCCAAGGGAGAGUAUCAUCUCAAUAUCAAGGACAAGAUCAUAAAAUGUGUUUCUUUGAUUCAGGCAACAGAAAAUCUUAUCACAGCCGCUGUUUCUGCCGAUCCACAUGCAUCGUUGGCAUGGGCUGGCGUAUUGGUGAUUUUGCCUAUAAUCACUAGAACCAUCACAGAAAAGCUAGACGCAAUUGAUGGAUUCAGCCGCGUCUUGCAAAUUCUGGUUAGAUGCCGAGUGAUUGAGGAGGCCCACUUUGCCAAAGAAGUAGGACCUAGAGAGCACAAAAGCAUUGCAGAGUUUGACCUCUCAACCAGAAAAAACAUCGCUCAACUUUAUGCACGUAUAUUGGAAUACGAAAUCCGACUGGCUUUGUAUCUGGGGAAGAAAUCGUUUAUGCGCUUCUUCAGAGACCUAGCUGCAUCAGAUGACUGGAAUCAGAUCUUGAAGGAUAUCGACGCCAAACGAGAUGAAACUGCGGACUCUCUACGGGCUGAGAUGAGAGUUGAGAUGAAAAAAAAUGAAAAAGAACGGAAGCUCGCCGCCCACCAUCGUCUUCGUGAAAUAUUUAAUUCGUUACCAUUCGCAGAAGGCGCGGCUUUCGACUCGAAAGAGAACCAGCAUUCAACAUGCCUCGAAAAUACCAGAACGGACCUGUUGGAGCAAAUCCUGAGUUGGGCUCACAACAACGACAACAAUGAGAUAUUUUGGCUCAAGGGCGCCGCUGGCACCGGAAAAUCAACUAUUGCGCGAACCGUCGCUGAAAGGCUUCACAAAAGAGGUCACUUAGUUAGAAGCUUUUACUUUGCCAGGGGUCGAGGAGAUCGCGGGACUGGAAAGCUUUUGUUCACUUCAAUUGCUAAACAGUUAGCGGAACAGGACCCACAAGCGCUUCAGUCGAUAUGCGAUGUAUAUCAGCGAGGACUCACUGACAAGGCAUCCAGCUUCCAAUGGAGCGAGUUAAUUCAAAAGCCAAUCAGGAAAGCAGGCGAAAGCAUCAAGCGUGUAAUUUUAAUCAUCGAUGCUCUGGAUGAAUGUGCUGAAUCUGAAAUUACGAAAAUCAUCAGUAUCUUCACACAGGAGCGAAAAAGCACGCCUGGCCAAACAUAUCGCAUUUUCAUCACCAGCAGGCCAAAAACUGCAAUUCGCAUGAGCUUUCGACAAGCCAAGAGCGCCAUAUUUUUUGAUUUGGCGCUUGAUCAAGUCCCUGACGCAGUGAUCAAGCGUGAUAUUUUUCUCUAUGUUGACUAUUCCAUGGAUCAGAUUCGGGCUUCAAGUGAGUUGGGGAAUCAUUGGCCAACCCGGGAUCAAGUCUCCGAGCUCUCGCAAAGAGCAGGCCGACUUUUCAUCUAUGCCGCAACAGUUUGUCGAUAUCUUCAACUAGCCGCCGAUCCUGAAGAGAGCUUGGAACGCAUACUUGACACCACCGUCUCAGACUCGUCCACAAAAUAUCUAGACGAGAUAUAUACGCAGAUUCUAAUGCAUUAUCUGUCCGAUGGUAAUGGGGAUGAGAUAGGUGGCCGAAUACAGCUUUUUCAGAUAAUCGUUGGCGCAAUCAUCACUCUUUCCGAGCCGUUGUCGCCUCGUGCAUUGGCAGCUAUCCUUGGCGUUCCCAAACAUAAAGUGAACUCAACCUUGAGCCCACUUUAUUCAGUACUCGAUGUUCCUGGCGACAUGGAAUCUUCCAUAAAAAUCUUUCACGAGUCCUUUCGUGACUUCCUGAUUGACCAGAGCAGGUGCCGUAUCACGCAUGAACAGGCUAUGGGUGUUCUGGGGUUGAUAUCGGAGGCUGUGAGAUCUAUUUCGAGACUUUCGUCGUCAGUUAAGGCCAAGGAUAGUGCGAUUUCCAAGUUUCUCUACGAUGCAUACCGUUUUGUACUGAACAAUAGCGAGAUUGCCGAUACUGCACCUCUCCAGCUUUACUCUUCGUCGCUAAUAUUUGCCCCGGAAGCAUCCAACGUGCGGAGGAUGUUCAAGGACCAAAUCCCCGCAUAUUUAAAGCAAUUACCGAAUGUAGAGGAGAGCUGGAGUGCCAUGCUACGAACGAUUGAGGGUCAUACUAAAACCAUCAAUGCCAUAGAAUUCUCGCUUGACGGCCAACAAUUAGCUUCAGCGUCAGAUGACGGUACAGUCAAACUUUGGGAUACCGAAACGGGAGCACUACUGCAGACCAUUGCAAUUCUUGAUGAGGAUAGAGAUCUGUACUUUCGUUCCGAUUGCAAGAUUCCGCGGGUUUCAUGCGCCUCAUUUUCGUCGGACGGUCAUAUGCUGGCAUUCGGCGCACAUGAUGUGAAGAUCAGACUCUACGAUACAACCACAGGCACCAUGUUGCGGAGGCUCGAGGGUCACACCGGAUUUGUGGAAAGUGUCGCUUUCUCACAAGACAACAAAUUUAUACUCUCUACUGGAAGUUCCGAAAUCAAAUGCUGGGUUACAGCUACAGGAGAACUGUCGAACACAUAUGAAAGCAACUAUACGCCUAUGUGUGUUGCUUUCAGUGCCGAUCAAGAGCAACCAUCUUCGAUUAUAGAAGCAGCCUUUUCACGCGACGACCUUCAAACGAUUAAAGUCUUCGAUAAAUGCACAGACAAACCACCACUGAGGCUUCAUGGGCAUACUGACUGUGUCUUUCUGGCUAUCUUCUCACAAGACCACCAGAAGCUGGCUUCUGGUGGACCUGGCACAAUAAAGGUCUGGGACGCAGUAACAGGGGAAUUGCUACAUACCCUUACAGGACAUGCGAAUGAUAUCUGUAGUCUUGCGUUCUCACAAGAUGGCCGGUGGUUGUGCUCUGGCUCAGUGGAUAAAACCACAGUGGUCUGGGACGUUACGACGGGUCAGCAAGUCAGAAAGUUCACAGAUGGGUUGGGGGUCUCUAGCGUUGCAAUCUCCCCGGAUAGUACGCGACUAGCAGGUUCCAUAUCUAAUGUCAUCAGACUCUGGGACUUGGCUGGUGAUAUGCGGACAACAACGUUAGAACAUCACAUUCAGUCUACUGUAAGUACUAUCGAGAUUAUACCAAACACCCGAAAAUUAUUUUCAGUGGGGUGGGGUGAUCUCAUGAUUUGGGACAUGACCACUGGCGCACUGGUGGAAAGGCUUGGCCCAUUCUCGAAUGAAAGUCUGAAAGUCGCUGCUUCCCCAGAUGGCAGGUGGUUAGCAGUUAAUCUAUGGAAUGAGGGUUUCAAAGUCCGCGAUAUGUCGCAAGACGUAUUCGUGCAGAUACCAGAGGACAUAGACUCGGUUGACAGUUUUGCCUUUUCGCAUGAUAGUCGACAGCUAGCUCUCAGCUCCGAUGGAUUGAUCAUUCUUUGGGACAUUGAGUCCAUGGAGACACUAACCUAUAAUCGGUUCUUUGAUGUCAAUCACAUUGCUUUUUCAAUGGACGGGCAGUGGCUAGCCUUCUGUUCGGAGAAGGGGGUGGUUUCUUUGUGGGAUAGAGCUACGCAGAAGGUCAAGCGAGAUUUUCUCAUUCCGGAUGACUGGGAAGUAUGGUACGGCUUCUACCGGAAAGUAGAUUUGGUGUUCUCCCCAGAUAAUCAGCAGUUGCUAUGGUGCGCAAGGGGUGGCUUUUCUAGGAUUCUUGACCUAACUACAGGAGAUAUGUACCGUAUUCGAGCGGAUGGUGGGAAGGUGUCACCAAACCUUUUAUUUGGUGGCAGAUGUCUGAGGUCUGGCCACGGGUUGUUUAUGAUUUCCGCGAAAAGCGAGGAUGGUGCUGGCCGCGCUCACAGAGCCCCGGGUCAAAUUGCAGUGCAAAAUCCAUGGGUUGUCUAUGACCAGGAGAGGCUUCUUUGGCUGCCGUCUGACUACCGACCAUGGGAAUGGAUUAUCGACGGCGAUCUCUUGGCCAUCGGAACUAAGUCUGGUCACAUUUACAUGAUGAGAUUCGAUAUCAGCAAGCUUCGAGAAAGGAACAUUUCAGAUUGA